UUUAUUGGUGACAGUCGACAGAGUGGGCGUGGAGCUGUCUGUGGGGCGGGACCUUAGGGUCGUGUACAGGAAAAGAAAGGGAGGACAUUUGAAAGGAAAAAAAGAUGGCUGCGAUUCGUAAGAAGCUUGUGAUCGUUGGGGACGGAGCGUGUGGAAAGACGUGUCUGCUCAUCGUCUUCAGUAAAGACCAGUUUCCAGAGGUCUACGUACCUACAGUAUUCGAGAACUACGUUGCGGAUAUAGAGGUAGACGGUAAACAGGUGGAGCUGGCACUUUGGGACACGGCAGGCCAGGAGGAUUAUGACAGACUAAGGCCCCUGUCUUACCCAGACACUGAUGUCAUCCUCAUGUGCUUUUCUAUAGACAGCCCAGACAGCUUGGAGAACAUCCCAGAGAAGUGGACACCUGAGGUGAAGCACUUCUGCCCCAAUGUCCCCAUCAUCCUGGUGGGCAACAAAAAGGAUCUUCGCAACGACGAGCACACCCGACGGGAGCUGGCCAAGAUGAAGCAGGAACCUGUUAAAGGCGAGGAAGGGAGAGACAUGGCCAAUCGCAUCAAUGCCUCAGGUUACCUGGAGUGCUCUGCCAAAACUAAGGAGGGUGUGAGGGAAGUGUUUGAGAUGGCCACCAGGGCGGCGCUGCAAGCCAAGAAGCGUAGCAAGAAGAACACCUGUGUUGUGCUCUAGAAGAGUGAGAUCAUGGGGAUGGGGGUGAAGACCAAAUGAGGCCACAGAGAGGGAGAGAAAGAUGGGAGGGAGGGCGGGAGGGAACAGCGCCCCCUAGAGUUAGCUACACACUUGGGGACAGUGCAAGAGCCAUUAAAUAAAGUGGGCCAAAGGACCUAAAGAUUGUGGGGAAGCAACAAAACAGGAUUUAGACAUUUUCCCAUGUGACGCACUUGCAAUCAGUGCAGUCUCAGGUCAGGAAUAACCUAGUUUUUGGAGUUGUUGCAGCUGCUGGAGGAAACUGUGCGUGGCACAGAGACGCAGUGACUGCUGUUCGCCUGGCAGGGCAGUGUGGGUGUUUGACCUGUCCCAUAUUCCAGUCCUGAGAUCAGCACAGAGGAAGAGAAUUCACUGUCUGAAUCCUAAACGACUCAGUUUCACAUCAUUUCCACUAGUCAGGGUGCAGAACGUGCUAACAAGCACCCUGCGGCGUGUGUGUGUGUGUCUGCCAGCCAUUGGCUCAGGUUUUGUUUUGCUCCAGGACUUUGUCUUCACUGGCUUAAGAUGAUGUGUUUCUGUCUUCUGCAUUCAUCACCUCCAGCAGCAGACACACUAGCCGGCUUAGCUACUGGAAUGGGCUCCUCACUGCCCCCUUCUGGCCAUAUGUUGACAGUACAGUCACUGGUUGCUAAUCUUACUCUCACCUUCAAUGAGCAAUUUUAUUUAAGUAGAUCAAAUACAUCUUUGCCUUUUGCAUAUAAAAUCUAAAGUAAAAUGCAUUGAAUAGUAAUGAUACUAAUUCUUUACUUUUGUCUUUUAUAUGCAUGUUUAUGCAUUGUGAUGUUCUUAAGAGAAGUUCAGGAUGAUUGGCACCAUUCCAGAUCAGAGUGUAACUGGAGAUGAAUCUUGAGGAUGCAGCUCUGCCUAUGGACUGUUAAGUCACUGUUUGGCUUUGGAGGCUGAAUGCUGACCUAAUGUUGCUCUAGGUAACAGAAUUCCUGAUUUGCUUUUUCUUUAAUCUGGUCUGCCUGCCAAGAUGGUAGCUGGUGUACAGAGAUGGAUUGUCUGUCUGAAUCUGAGGAGAAUCUCCCUAUUGGGCUUUCUGUCGCCUGUUCUCGUCUGGGCUGUAUGCUUUAAAAGUAUAUAGCUUACUGUGUGCUUUAAGGGUAUGCAGUAUUCUUUUUUCUUUUUUUUAAUAGUAUGCAAUAUACUGUUUGCUUUUACAGUAUGCUGCAUGCUUUAACACUUUGUGACAUUCUACUGGCUUGUUCUCUCAUUUAUACUUUUUUAACCCUGCUAUCUUAGAAUUUAAAUCUUAAAAGAAAAACAGCAAAGUAACAUGAUUUUCAGAGAGCCGUUUAAUGCCAUAUUAUAAAACAAGCAGUUUCUUAUGAGAAUCUGUGUUUAAGUCUAAGAAAAAAACCUUUGAUGCACCAGUAAUCUUUUUGUAUACAAAUGCAUCUUUGGACUUCCACAAACUCAUUUUAAUGUACUGAGGGGAAAAAAAUAAAUUCUUAUAGGGUAAA